CGGUCACGUGACGUCACCAACGCCUGCUCUUCUCAUUUAAUCACGAGGUAAACAAAGUUUCGUGUCUUCGACAUUUGAAAGCAUGGGCAAGAAGAAGAGUGUGGACGCCGGGAACGGCGACGUCAGCAUGGCCGAGGAGGAAGUUCCGUACGCGGACAAGCUCAAGUUCGUCAACAAAAUCGCCAAGCCGAUGGCGGGCAAAAAGCUCAACAAGAAACUCCUGAAAUUGGCCAAGAAAGCGUCCAAAGACAAGAAGAACAACAUGGUGUUUGGACUGAAGGCCGUCCAAAGAGCCCUUCGCAAGGGUGAAAAAGGAAUUGUGAUUUUGGCCGGCGACGUGAACCCGAUCGACAUCAUGAGCCACAUUCCGGGCGUGUGCGAGCAACUCGCCCUGCCCUACGUGUACAUCCCUUCGAGGCAAGACCUGGGCCAGAGCAUCGGCACCCUCAGGUCGAUCCUCCUCAUGCUCAUCAAGCCCAGACCGGACUACCAGGAACUUUACAGCGAGUGUCAGGAUUCGAUCACGACGAUGCCCGAACCCGUUUGGAGGGACGACCACUUGCAGACGGUGCUUGUCAAGCACGAGAUCAAAUCCGAGCCAGAGUUUUAAAUUUUGUAAAAUUAUUCCCAAUGAAUAUAAUAUUAUUUCUCAACCAGGAAAA